AUUGUAUAUUUUGCCUGUAUUCUUUCUCAGUCUUAAUGUGCAGUUUCCUUGUUAAUACAGAUUUGAUUCAUACACAGGUUUUUUUCCUCACAGGAAUUUACCUCACGAUAAAGUGAGGUUCCAGGAAGUAGAAAAGGCUCAACUUCUCCCCUGCCAUUUAUAGGAAUCUUCCUUUUUAAGGUCUGGAAAUGUAUCUUUCAUACGCAACAGCAUAUGUGGUGUAGGAUUUCACUUUCUCUUUUGUAGUGUGUAUUUUAGGACUUCAGUGCAAAUCAGGCCCCUUUACUGUAAAUCACGGUACAAGUCUCCAAAUGUAUUAUGUUUUCGGACUAUCUAUUAUUUUAUUUAUUUUCAGAACAAUCUGUGGGUUUUUUUAUAAGCUAAUUUUAAUCUGAUGGGAAGGUGUUUUGGCACUUAUUCCAAACCACUACUUUGUGUGAAUUCAGAAAUAUACAUUAGUUGGAAUGCUGGGGAUAUAAACUAUAAUCUAGAUGAUGUCGCCACAGUGCCUAGAUGAAUGCCUGUCUUUUUGUUGUAUUACGUCCCUCCUUCGCCUCUGACAUGAAUAGUUAACAGGGAGGUGGAGGAGGGACAGAAACCUGAGAAUAACUGCACCCCUCCCUCCCUCUCCUACGCCGGCCAAUGGCAGGCUACUUACAGCUUAGAGUUGAGGGCUGUGAAACUAUAUAACAGAGGUGCUCUGAUUAUUCAGUCAGGAUACGUAGCUCCCAGAUAAAAAAAAAAACUAUCAACUGCAAACCUCUACAACGGGAUAUUAUACACUAUUCCAAAAAAUCAUCUUGAGAGUUUAGGACAACGGCAGCAAUGAAGACAACACUGGCAACUCUAACCCUGUGCCUGGUGGUGCUCAUGGCCAUAGCUUUCCCUUUGGAGAAGAAAGGGGGCUCAUCUUCCAGCAGUGGUGCCAAGGAGAAGCGUGUACAGUACGCAGCUUGGGAUGACGUGAACGUCAUCGCUCAUGGCCUCCUGCAGCUGGGCCAGGGCCUGAAGGAGCAUGUGGACAAAACCAAGGUCCAGAUGAGGGACAUUUCCACCAAGCUGAAGGUCUUUAACCGCACAGUGACGGAGCUGGGAAAGGAGAGCCAGAAGCUGCGAGUGGAGGGGGAGGCCCUAAAGGCUCGAGCCCACGGGCUGGAGGACAGAGAGGGACAGCUGCUCAAUGUCACGGCGGAGCUGAGGGAGAAGGCAGAGGAGAUGCAGCAUGAGAGGAGGACCAUGAGCGAGAGGAUGAGCCGGCUGGAGGAGAGGCUGGACAUCAUGCUUCAGGGAGACUCUGCGCUGCUUGACACAAAACCUGGUGCCAAGAACAACAGUGAUGCUCAUAUUAUACAGCCGAUGCUGGAGGCUCAGAACAAACGCAUUGACGAUCUGAUGGAGCGGAUCAGACUACAGCAGGAGAAGCUUGACAAGCAGAACGUGCGCAUCAGGACCCUUCACAGCCAGGUUCAACAGUCACGACAGAGAGCGUCCUCGCGCAGCAGCAACAGUGACGCGCAAAGUGGCGUCGCCGAGCAACGCGACUCACCAGCCGAGAUGGCAUCAGAUUGUCACGAGCUGUUCCUGAGAGGAGAGAGCACGAGUGGGGUCUACACCAUCCAGCCAAUAAAUGCUGAGGCCUUUAAGGUGUUCUGUGAGAUGACAGCUGAUGGCGGAUGGACGGUGAUCCAAAAUCGUCUUGACGGCUCAGUGGACUUUGACCAGCUAUGGCAGGCCUACAAAACCGGCUUUGGCAGCUUGAAUGGAGAGUUCUGGCUGGGGUUAGAAAAGAUCCACUCUAUCGCCAAAGGUGGGGGCUACAUCCUCGACAUCCUACUCGCCGACUGGAGUGGAGACAUCGCAUCUGUCCGCCUCCCCUUUCAUCUGGGUGGAGAGGACACCAAGUACUCGCUGAAGAUCCAGAAGGCAGACGCCUUCAGCCCCCUGGAGAGCUCCCUGGCUACUGACGCCACGGCCGGCCUGACCUUUUCCACCGGGGACCAAGACAACGACCAGAAAAACGACACCAACUGCGCCAAGCACCUCUCCGGUGGCUGGUGGUUCAGUAACUGCGGUCGCUCCAACCUGAACGGGAGAUACUUCCAGAGCCCUCCUCCAAAGCAGCGGGACCAGAGGAAGCAGAGCAUCUUCUGGAAGACCUGGAGGGGCCGCUACUACCCGCUGAAGUCCAGCAGGAUGAUGAUCGCCCCGGCUGUGAUCGAAAACAAGUCAUAAAGAAUAGACAGAAAUAAAGAAGUGGAGACGAAGACGAGUUGGAGAAAGAUGUACAUUUUGGACUAUUCUUCUUUCUUUCUUUGUGCUUGGUUGAUGAGUGAGAGGUUUCCAUUUGCCUGGUUAUCUCACUGUGAGGUAGAGCUCCCACCAGAAAAAAAAUACCUCGCAUUUAAUGACACAAGCAGAUUCCUCCCCUGCAUCUGGAGCCACAGAUGGCGGAAAAAAAGGCCGAAUAAAAACUUGGUGGAAAGUUUUUCAUCUGUUGAACCAUCUGUUGGCACGAAGCAGGGGCCCCUUGUCAGGAGGGAAUCGCAGGGCGAGUCCCGACCCAUCCGCUGUGCUCUGAGGCCACAAAACAUUUCCAACAAGUAAAGACGCGUCACCAGACAACUGUGUCAACUGUGCAUGUGGGCUGCGGUUCAGCUUGAAUGUGGUUUUGUAGCAAGUAAAAGGCUCAAAAGAGAUAAAGAAUUGAUGGUGAAGUGAAAACGCAGUUGGAUAAAAAAAAACAAAAUGGUGCGGACCAAGUACUGAUUUAAGUCGUUUCCCACGUAGAUGGAUGGGAUUUAUGUUUGAAAGCAUUAUGUAAUGUAAUAAAUCACUGUUCACUAGGAUUGCAAUGCAGACAACUGUUCAGACUGACGUUGGUGGGGCGAUGAAAACCGCUCCAGCCUUUUGUAUAAAAUAUUUUCUGUCUGCAAUUUUGAAUCAAAUGAUGCAUAUUCUUCACUGACUUAAAUCUCUUGUGUGGAGAUUUUGCUGAUGUUAAGUCAUAUUGACUUUUUUUCAAUACGUGUGACAUUAUCUGUUGUUUGUGUGACUUGAAGGUUUGUUACUGUUAAAUGUAUUUAAUGUUAAAGAAUCAAUAUAUAAAUAUAUAUUUCUGGUGGUACUUGUUUGUAAUUUAUAAUGUAUUUGUCGUGUUUGCCUGAUGUGAAAGGUUUUUUUAAGAGAGUUUAACCAUUGUUGGUGCCAUGGUGAGCCAAUAAAACUGAUUUAAACUAG